UGAUUUUCAUUUGACUUGAUAAGCCAUACCUUACAAUUAGAUUGAAUGUCUUUGAGAACGUGAGUUUUACUUCAGGCAUUAUACAUGGUUGCGAAGGGGGCAAGUUUACUUGUUUGUUGGUGAUAGGGGAUAUGCAGAGUUUUCAACCAAGAGAAACUUUAUCUGCCGUGAACAAAUACUGGAAUAAUAGAGCCAACUAUUUGAUAAUCGACGGAACUUGAUAAUUUUAGACAUCCCUGUGUACAAUGAUGUUAGUUGACCCAAGGUAGAGGUGGUUGCUACGUGACCUUUAGGGUGACAAGAGAUGGGGUGUGGCAGUUCCACCGACGCCAGCUCCCCCCGGCCCAAGCCACAGGACGGCAAUAACAAUGAUACUGAAGGGCAGAGAGGGGCCGGCGGUGCGAAGGGAGCGAAGGGUCGGGGCAAACAGACACAAAGAAAAACGAGCAAGGUGCCCGUGAACGAGAAGGGAUACAAGAAGCGGAUCAGGGAGAACCUACGGGAUGCGACUGCGGGCAACGACAUCGAACAGUUGGAGAAAACCAUGGAGGUGUUCGUCAACAAUCAUCUGGAGGAUGGCGGGGAUUACUCCGAAGCCGAGACGCGCAUGGAGUUUCUCCUUAUUAGGAAAGAUAUCCGGGAUGCGUGCCUGAGGCGGCAUCCGGUGGUUCUGGAGAAGGCGAUCAAGCGAGUGGAGGCGUCCCCGUACAAACGGCAGCUCAAACCGUACCUCGACCGUGCCUACUACUUGAAACAGCACCAGAAUGAACAAGACACGUUUCGACACGACAUCAGUGACCUUGACCAGACGACUGUGUCCGAGAUCCGAAGCUACCACCAUCCGCCCCCAGGCGUCCACGAGACCAUGAUCUCAGUCUACAUGAUCCUAGGAUACCCUGAGGACCAUCUCGUUGAUUGGACGGAGAUUACAGCCCUGAUGGGUCGGUACGGGAAGGACAGUUUGCUCCGGGAGGUGAGCCAGGCGGACACCCGGAAUAUCGACAACGCGACGAGCCUCCGCGCCCGUAACUACCUCGGCCAGUACAGUCUCGAGGAGGUCCGCUCCGUCAGCAACGGCGCCGCCGCUUUCUACGUAUGGUCGUCCCAGGUGGUGGGGAAGUAUGAUGGGAAGGGGAAAGGCGGAGACACGGGCACCAAGACGCUAACCAACUCGAGGGUGAAGAGCCAGAGCAGCGCCUCCAAGUCUGGAAACCAGCCCAAGACCCCCACAAGCACCACCCGACCAGACCCGGGGAAGGAUAAGAAAAACGAAAAACAACAGCAAAAUACGAAACAACAACAGCAACAAAAUGCGAAACAAGAACAACAAAACGCCAAACAGCAAGCAAACGCCAAACAACAGCAAAAUACAAAACAACAACAAAGUGGUAAACAAAAUCAGCAGCAACAACAACAGCAACAGCAGAAUAAAAAAGCUGAUCCGCUAAAAGGCAAUAAGCAAGUGUCGAACUCUCAAAACGCCAAACAAGUGACAGCAGAUCAGAACAACACCAAGAAAAAGGAUACAUUAUACAGAGGUCCCACAUACAAUAAUAAGGCAAAGGCGUAACUUUUCCUUGCUCGGGUAUAACUGUGAUUUAGUGGCAUUUGUUCCAGUUUCAUAAUUCUCUAUGACAAACGUCAAACACGAUGGCGAAAGGUUGUUACUAUUUCAACCGUUUGUGUUGACAUGAUUGGUUCACAUUUGUAAACAGUUUAGAUCAUAUCUAAUUCUCAAGUCGCUACCAGGACAACUGCACAAAAAGUGAUACUCCGAUUCAACCAUUUUGCCAUUAUUAUUUUAGAUGCUCUCGUCUCUCUUACAAUGGUGUUGUAUAUUAUAUUGUAUUUUAUCUCUAACGAAUGUGCAUUCAAUCUAAACCUUGACAAAACAGUUUAAUGAUAUUCUUUAUCAAUGGUUUCAAUAUAUUUUUCAAAUUCAAUUACUUUUAAAACUUUUGGUAAUAUUCUCAUUUACUCGAUGAAUUAACAAAAUGAAACCACGUCUUGACACAAUUAUUACGAUGUCUUUGUAUUAGUAUUCCUUGUUAUAAUUUUAUCUCAUAUUGCUUAAACAUUGUCCAUAAAGUAAACAAUUAACGUUUUUUUUUCAGCUUAGUUUUAAAUUUAUGUUUAACAAUGAGCUGUAUGAGAUUACCUCCCUUGAAGAAUUCAUAUACAUGUAAAUAUAAUUAAUAUUCGUAUUUUCAGUCUAAUAAUCGAUUAAAAUAGUAUGUACGAUAAACGAAAUGAAAGUUUACAUACAGUUAAAAUGUUUUAAAGUUUGUAAUUAAAAAAAAUAACCCAACACCCUCAGAGGGACUGUAUAUCAGCGAUCCCAGCUAAAAGGACUGCACCCGCAUAACUAUUCAUUCACAUGUAGUUCGUGCUAGUGAGUCUUAAACUGAACACUUCACAAUCGAAUGUAAUGAAACAUGGCACAUAUAUAGGAAACAUUGAAAUUCCAGACCAGUGCUAUUUUAUGCAGUCUCAUUGAAAUCAUACCGUGACGUUUACUUCACUUCAUUCAGGGAAUGAAUUGCGUGAUUGAUGUCAUUGUCGGGGUAUGAACGCAGUUGGGCUGGUUUAAGUUUGGUGUCCGAAGCGUUACAUAGCGUAAUGUUGUGAAACGUGUAUUGCAGCUCUGAUUUUAAUGAGAUUGUAUUUUAUGUGCAUGUAUGACAUUUAUUCAUUUAGAUCGACUGCCUUAGUUUUCUGAAGCAUAACACAUUUCGGAAAGUUGUAACAGCGUUUCACAUCUAUUGGUAAUUUUCGAGAAAGUAUAAAGGUAGUACGGCUUAUGAUAAAUACACUCAUUUUUCCUCGAAUCAUGCUUUACACACUGUAAGCAAUCAGUUUUGGCCAAGAAAAUAAGCGUUCAUCCAAAGUACUGCGACAUAAUUUGUAAAAAACAGAACGAAAGCAAACUUGUUUGAGAUGGCCAUUCAAAGGCUGCAUGUUUAAUUGUACUUUAUAUUAUUACACAUCUUGUAGAUGUGGGCAACUUUACAGCCAAUUGUAUUAAACUGAAAAAGUUAUCUACACGUUAUCUUUGUGCUAGAUGUUCAUAAAGCAAUUUGAUUGGUGGACAGUAAUUGUUGGAUAGAUAUUGACCAGCCAAACAUAUUUAGGCCAUCUCUAACCAAACCAAGGAUUUAACCAGUGAUAUGCAAUUGGCUGCUAUAUGUGAUGUUUUGUUAAGACACAUUUCGUUCAUUCUGGUAUAUUAUGUUUAGAAAUGCACGAACUUUGUAUCACAAAGACAAAGUGUUAUUGGGUAUAUUUUAUUAUGGGAUUGAUACUUGGAUGUGAUAACUGAAAACUGUGAUAGUAUGUAUUUAUUUAGAUUAAGUAUACUUGUUCCACAUAGUGCAAACCAUUUCAAAUAAAAUAAUUAUUUGUA